AUGCCCAAGGAAGCUGCCGGAAUCCCAGCGGACGAUGGCCUGACGCCGAGCAAGCCCAUGAGCUCCUACGAGGAGGUGAGGCGCCUCGCUGCCAGCAAUGCGGUGGUGCUUUUCAGCAUGAACUGCAUGUGCACGGUGGCCAAGACCCUCCUCUUCAGCCUCCGUGUCGGCCAUGACAUCCAUUCCGUCCUCCACCAGCUCGCCCCCGGCGCCGGCACUACCCCCCCUUGCGACCGGCAGGCUCUCCCGGCGGUCUUCGUGGGUGGCAAGUUCCUGGGCGGCCUCAAGACCCUGAUGGCCUGCCACAUAAACGGCUCCCUCGUCCCGCUCCUCAAGAACGCCAGCGCCCUCUGGCUACGAGCAUCACGUUGUGCCCUCGCCGGAGCAUGUUUCCCGACGCCAUUACCGCCGGCGCAGUCUUCAUAUAGAUCUUAG